UUUAGAGCAACGUAGUUAAAUGGAUCACUUCCUUUUAAUGAUUCCGUGAACUGUCAUGCCUUUGAUUUCUUCCUCUUCUAUUUCCAGUCCGCCUCUGAAUCUUAGCCCAUCAUUCCUGUCUCUGGUCCCCCGCUGCAGGACUCGGAAACGCUGACGCCUUGGCAUCAACCAAUCACGUGCCGUGUUUCCAGUGCGCUGAAAACACUCUCCAAUAAUAAGAGGCGCGCGGGGCGGGAUGUGGCGGACCCCUCACACCUCCACACUCAGAAAUCUGUGGCGUCGCAGAGCCUCCGUGAAUCAGACAGGAGCCUGGACCGGUAACGCAACGCGGGACAGGUACACGGAAUCGCGCAGGCCGGGAGGCUGCUUGUAGCGGGGAUAGGAACAACUACUGGAAUGGACGUGUAGGAGCGUCGGACAGCAGAGCCUCUCCUCCCCGCUCCCUGACAGCUCUACUGCAAGCCGCGAACAUGUCGACGGUGGAAGCAGGCGGUCAGCGCGAGGAAGGGGAGUACGGAAGAGCUGCCAAGCGGCUGAAAAUGGAGGAUCCGCCGCUGGAGGAGAAGGAGGACAGAGCGGAGGAUGAGCUGGAGGAGGGGGAGGACUCGGACAGCGGGUCGCUGCACGGUAAUGGGGAGGCAGAGACGGACAGUCGGGCCCGAUGGAGCGGCAAGCAGUUCGGUACAGGACGAAAGGACAAUGGCGAAGACUCCCAUCUCAUCUCUCCUAGUCCAGUGGUCCAUGUCCGGGGUCUCUGUGAGGCCGUGGUGGAAGCAGACCUAAUCGACGCACUGAAGAAAUUCGGACCAAUAUGCUAUGUGAUGAUGAUGCCCUUCAAACGUCAGGCCUUGGUGGAGUUCUCUGCAGUGGAGAGUGCUGAUCGCUGUGUGUCCUGUGGAGCCAAGGAGCCGGUGUACAUCGCAGGACAACAGGCUUACUUUAACUACUCCACAUCGAAGAGAAUCACCAGACCAACAAACGCUGACAACCCAAACAGCGGCAACAAGGUUCUGCUGCUGUCCAUCCAGAACCCGCUCUACCCAAUCACUACGGAUGUUCUCUACACUGUGUGUAACCCCAUAGGCAGCGUGCUAAGGAUCGUCAUCUUUAAGAGAAAUGGAAUCCAGGCUAUGGUGGAGUUUGAGUCAGUUCAGUGUGCCCAGAAGGCCAAAGCAGCACUAAAUGGAGCUGACAUUUAUGCUGGCUGCUGUACACUCAAGAUUGAAUAUGCAAGGCCAACACGUCUGAAUGUAAUAAAGAAUGAUAAUGAGAGCUGGGAUUACACUAAACCAUACUUGGUCAGACGAGAACGUGGGAAAGGGAGACAAAAGCAGGCUAUUUUAGGAGAACACCCAUCAUCUUAUGCUGACAAUGGUUAUGGCCUGGCCUGCCCCCUGCUGCCUCUGACAAGCAAUAGCAGGUACAAGCUCAGCUCAGCGGACGUCCCAGACAUGGUGUCCUACCCUCUGCCCCAGUCUUCCCCGUCCUACUCUGGCCACGCCCCCAGCUCUGUAGCCAUGGUGAGCGGCCUCCAUCCAUCCAAGAUGAACUGCACUCGCAUCUUCAACCUCUUCUGUCUCUAUGGUAACAUAGAGAAGGUGAAGUUUAUGAAGAGCGUUCCAGGUACGGCGCUGGUGGAGAUGGGAGAUGAGUAUGCAGUGGACCGAGCCAUCACACAUCUCAACAGUAUCAAGCUGUUUGGAAAAAGACUCAAUGUCUGUGUCUCAAAGCAACAUGCAGUGAUUCCCAGCCAGGUGUUUGAGUUAGAGGAUGGCAGCAGCAGCUACAAGGACUUUGCCAUGACCAGGAAUAACCGCUUCAGCAGCGCCGGACAAGCCUCCAAGAACAUCAUCCAGCCUCCGUCUGCUGUGCUACACUAUUACAAUGUUCCUCCCUGUAUAUCCCAGGACCAGCUGCUCAAGCUGUGUAGGGAGCACGAUGUGCCUGGCUUCAUCAAAUUCAAAAUGUUUGACGCCAAGCCCUCCUCUAAGACCAUUUCUGGGUUGCUGGAGUUUGACAGUAAGACGGAGGCUGUGGAGGCUCUUACUGUUCUCAAUCACUACCAGAUUAGGAUACCAAAUGGAUCCAACCCAUACACACUGAAACUGUGUUUUUCCACCUCAUCUCAUUUAUAAAGGCUGUCAAGCACAAACGGAGCGUUACAGGCUGCUGAUGUGUGACUCUGAUGGAAGUAAGACUCAGCAGAACCACGGAGAGCCACACUGCAGGUUAGCUACCUGGAUGAUGGUGAUGGAGAGAUGGUCGUUGAAAGAAAUGAAGAGAGUGAAGAAACAAACUGACCAGAGGGUCUGACCAGCCGGGAACCAAUGAAAACACCUCAGGGUGUGUUUACCACUCCGUAUGGAACACGAAGGGAAAACCUGACUUGUUUUUGGUCUUCUGUCCUGGAGUCUGGAUUCUACCUGAAUGUGGGUUUGACAUCUCUCACGGUUACUCAUGCACACGCUUUAAGAAUAUUUCCUGUUAAGACACCUGAUAAAUCCAUUGUGCUUUUGAAAAUCACUGUAAGAGUUUAAGUAAGUAGGAGCAAAGUUUUAAGUUCUCACCCAGUGUUUAACGGUGCAUGUUCUGUAUUUCUUUCGUCUUGGUGGCAGCUACAGAUGUUUCCCAGCUGUUGGGUCAGCAUGAGAUGCCUCUACUGCUGAUCAGCUGGAAGAUGUAGGACACUCUGGAUACUUAGAGGCAUACGUUUAAAUAUAUAAAAGUGAUCAUUCUGACACAACGUGUUGCCUUUUUACAGAAUCAUAUGAGAAUUUUAGCCAUAGCUAUUUCAUGAGUCCUCAGGUAUUCAUGAGCGGGACUUCUCAUUUCACUCCAUCUGCAGGUGAGAGCGACAGACUGAAGCAGAGCGGCUGCAGUUGGUUACCAUAGAAAUCCCAGCAAAUAUAUGCUGAUUAAUGUACAGGCUGUUUUAUGAUGGUCGUUUUCUGUGGCACAUCUGAACACAUGACUGCAUAUAUAGGAAGGUUGCUUUAAAGGGGCAGUAUUAUGUAAAAUUGACUUUUUCCAGCCUUACCUCAUGUUAUUCGCCGAAUCAAAGCAUACCUGGAGUUUUGCCUUAAUUCUUUCAUGCAUGUUUGAGAAAUCUUUUAAUCUCCAUGGCAACCACUCUGCUGUGCAAAAUGCCUGGAUGGACCUAUCCCCGCCUUUGUCGUGCAGCUCCUCCUCCCAAGUUUCCAAGGCUCUACCUCACAGAGCAGCCCUCCGACGCAACGCCCCUAGUCAGCUCCUUCAGACUAGCCAGCAGCAGCUAGCAAACACCUGGUAGAACUGCACAACGCUUGUAAAAACUUUGUUGAAGUGUUAAUACAGGUACAUUGUAAUAACUUCCUGAAGGCGGAGUUUCAGAAAAAGCAGGAGUUUCUUAAAGAGGUCAAGGUGUUAAAUUGCAAACUGAGUCAUGUUUGAUGCAGCAUUUUUUAUAACAGAAGGUAACAUAGUUACUUGAUUGUGCUAUAAAAUGGCACUAUAUGCCUGGAAACCACACAGUGCUGCCCCUUUAAAACCUGAACUUUCAUUUGUUAGUUGCCACGGUUACUGUUCUGCACAUCAGCAACAUGUUUAAACUCCCAUGCUGCCUGACAUAAAUAGAACAAUACAGCCCUCUAAUGGGUCAUAAAAUUUUGGUUUUUUUUACAUUUUUUAAAGUCUCCCUUUAAUAUUUCAAAUCCACCCUGACUGAAAGGAGUUCUGCACUCAGAGGGAGUGUUCAGAUGACAUGAAGCUGCAUGUGUUGAAGGGUGCUGUGAUCAAAUGGUUGACACGUUUGGCACCUGUGGUCUGGAGUGCCAUAGGGUGCACCUCCACCCUGUGGUCUGGGUGGAGGUGUCAUCCAUCUGCUGCAUCCACAUCCGUAUCACAGAUGUUGGUUUGGUGUUUAUCACUCGUCAGAUCCUGCUGAUCUUAAACCUGACUUUAAACAUGGUGCAAAAUGGCCUGAGGUUAUAAGAAGGUUAUCCAAUACUUUUAUCUGGAUGUGAUGAGGUUCUAAAAUGCUCUGUAUGUACGAGGGUUGUCAUAGAGAUUUCCAAUUCAGUACUGAUACUAAGAAAAGUACUUGACAGCAGCCCUCAUACUGCAAAAACACACAAAAUCUUAGCAAGUAUUUUUGGUCUAAUUUAUAGUUCAAAUAUCUUGAAAUAAGGCAAAAAUAAUUUAAAAGUAACUUUUUAGCAAAAUAUACAAGCUUUCUUUAAGUCAAUAAUUCUUGAUAGAAAACAGUACUGGUUCCACUUACAGAUUAUUUCACACAAGUCAUUUCACCUGCUUUAAGAAUUAUUGACUUAAAUACAGGCUCAUGUAUUUUGCUGAGAAGUUACUUAUAAGUUAACCUUGUCUUAAUUCAAGUGAACUAAAAUAUUAGCACUAGAAAUGAGUCAAAUUCUUGAUAAGAUUUUGUUUUUUGUAGUGUAUUUAUAAACAUAUCACAUAAAAGUAUCACUUCCCUUUUGGUGACACUGUAGAUAACAGUAUAAGUGUUGACAUGAUUUAUGGACGUAUAUAUCUCUGACUCAGCCAUGUAAUUAAUUUUAUUUUAUUGCUUAUAUUGUUCUUCCAUUUGCCUGUUGAUUUCUUGUUGAUGCAAAUCAAUGUUUCUGCUGAAGGACCUAUAAAGGAUCAUUCUAUAAGAAUAUAAAGUGUUUUGAUACAAACAUGGAUAUAGAGCAUAUAAAACAUAUUUACAGUGUAAUGCAGGAUCUGGUCCAUUUGGCAGCAGCUCUGGACAGGUUCUGUCCAGAUGCUCCACCUCCAUGCCAGUUAAAUCAAUGAGUUAGCCAUCGUUAGCCUUCAUGCAGAUCAAAUGAUUGAUAAAAUCAUUCUUUAAAUGAUUUGAACGUUAACAUGAAAACAGUCAGGUGUUCACUUCAUCAGAAUUUAAGGGUAUUUCUGAAUUUCUGAGCCAGUCCCCAUUUUUUAUAGUUAUGACAUUGUGUAUAUGUUUUUAUCUUAAGUUUUUCUAUUGGCUAUAAGUAUAAUAUCAAUAGAUGUGCUUUAAAGAUUAUUUAAAAAAAUAAUAUUUAAAUAAUAUAAAAACAUUUAACAGAACAAUCUAAACAUUCUCAGAUUAGAAUGAUCACAGUCUUCAAAGAAAUAUCCUCCCAUUGUUAUGAGAUAACUGGGAUAGGGGUAUGGGGGGUUGGGGUGGGAUGAUGGAACUCUUUGGUAGGGGCUCAGUCAGCUGUUUUCUGUCUCCUCUGUUGGUGCUUUGCUUUAUCACUCAAUCAGUCAAGUUUAUUUGCAUAGCACAUUUCAGUAACAGGGCCGUUUACAACAAAAAACACAAAAGUACAAAGUUAUAAAAAUACCAUUGAGAAAACCAGUAACAUUACAUUUUGACAAGUGACAUCGUUGAAAUCAUCAAUGCACAUCAAAUAUGUUGGUCAAUGUUUUAUUUAUUAUGCCUGGGAGAGAUGAAGACAUGUUUACAAAAAGUGCAGAUGUGGAAAAAGUUGGGUAUUCAUGAUGUCAGAUCUUUUUUGAUUCGUCAGGGCAACACAUUUCUGUUUCAUGAUUCAGCAACUAACAAAUCACUACAAUCAGUGAGAUGUGUAGUAAAAACCCAGAGUGAAUUAAUUUGCCACGGUCAGAUUGGUUGGAACAGGAACCGCCCUCUGAAGCUUAGGAACCAGUCUGAGAUAUGGCUUCCACUCGUUCUGCUGCUCCAGGAGGGAGGGGGAUGAUUAGGGGCUGAUUGAUUAAUGAAUCAGUUAAGCUUUUAACUGGCUUGCCAGUUAAAGUCUCUGGUGAGCCAGAAACUUUACACUGGACUCUUUCUGGAUGUUGUGAAGCAGAGUGGCUAAAGGCCUUUACAGCCUAGUUAGAGAUGAUCUCUGAGGUCUGUUAGUGCUUAAGAUGCUGUUUAUCGUUUCCUCUCUGUAUCGUGUCGUGGGAUGACUUACUGUGAAAUGGCAAUAAAGACAUUUUAAACUGGAUAUUAAAAUAUAAGGUGUUUCUCAGUUUUUACAUACUACUUCUGUGUUUAAGUUCAGUUAUUGGUAACUACAAUCAGAAAAGUAUAUAUUUCUUUUCUGGAUAACAGAAGAGCGAUUUGGUUUGGGGUAAUGUUAUGAAUUGUAAGAGGGUGUGUUUUUUUUCACAGGUCUGUUUUACUUAAGCGCAGAUUUUUUUUUUAUUUUUUUUUUUUAGACAUCUUUAUGAUUAGCGGGAAAUAAUGAUGAAGGGUUUGUAGGCUGCCUGUUUGUAUGUCAAUAAAUCAGUAAACUUACAAA